AUGCACAAGAUUUCCAACUUCACCGGUCAAGCUCGUCAUGGCUGGGAAAGGAUGACUCCCGCCUUUGGGAUGUCUCGCCCUCACGCUGAUAUUCAUGCAGCUUCGCAACCCUUACGACGUCCGCAUGGUACUCCGGCCCUAAACCCCCCGACUGCCGUGGACCCUACCGUCAAUCUCUCCUUCAAUGUCCCAUUCUCGUCCUAUCUCGCCGGUCCCGAUGUCGAGGAUGUGCUUCACGCUAGUCCCGGAGCCUUGCAACGCUGGUCCUUUCCCGAAGGCACCCCGGAAGGUACUCCUAUCCACAACCUGCCCGUUCACGUCAACCAUGUCGAGGCCUUGCGGAAACUAUGUCGGACCGUCAGUGAGACGAGUGGAGGUCGCCUUGAGGCCACUGUGACAACUUCGGAACCCAAGUCUUUGCCUUCGGUGCAACGUCGUCAGCCCGGUCUCGUCACCAAUGUCUGUCUUUCCGGUGACGGCGAGACUGUCCGGAAAAUGAGAGCCAAGAUUUUGAACGAGACUCCCAUUUCUUUGCGAUGCGCUAAUGUCGAUGUGGACAUGCAUCUGAUCAUGGACACAUCAACCAAGGGAAUUCGCGUCAACGUACUUGAGCAUCUGGAUACUCUAGCUCAGUACACUGGUGCCGACAUUUUCCUGCUCAGUCCGAAAAUGGUUGAUGCCGACAGUGCCGUGAUUUCUUCUUACGGGGCCGAUAAUGGCUUAGACAACCGCUUUCGAGUCGCCAUUUACGGAGACAUGGAGAGCGUGGAGCAUGCCAAAACGAGAUUGCUCAUCAUGAUCGAUCAGAUUCUCAAACGACAUGUCGAUGCUAUGAAACUCGAAUUGACCAUGCAUACGCUUGUUUGCGGCCGUACUCGUAAGAACAUCAAAUUGAUCGAAGCCGUUACGGAUACUGCAAUCUACUUUCCACCGCCAUUUCCGCGUAUCUUCGGCUACACUCCGCCUGGCGCUCACCGACGAAGCGAAGAUGAGGUUUACAUUACUGGCGAAAACAUGGAGAACAUUGCAAGGGCUAAGCAGAAACUUCGCGAACUGGUGUUGGGUGUCAAGAUCUAUGUCAAAGAUGUCGUCUUGUCCGCUAGCAAAAUUGACAACAUCCUGCUAGACCGAUUGGACAAAGUGAGGAAGGUCAUGGAAGCCAACGGCUCAUACGUCCUUUUUCCACAACUGGGUAGUCAACGUGGCCUCGUUAGAAUCCAAGGAACCGAAGUCCUCCAUGUGGAGCGAACUGUGCGGGAAAUAAUGGCACUGGCUGGUCAAUUCUACAGUGCUUCUUGGUGGAUUAUCAUGUCCGAUCCCAAUCAAGGUGGUAUUCGAUCUCCAUCUCCCCAUGAGGUUCGCCCUAUGUUGUCCGACAUUUGCAUCAAUUCAGAUGCAGAUGUUAGUUUCGAGAACAUGACAUUCUCCAUCAACGGCUCAGAUGACGCCGUCAAGGCAGCCAUGAACGUGAUCUAUCAGAUUCCAUUCGUCAAGCGCUGCCCUUAUCAGAUUCGCGUCAAAAUCGAACUCGCCAACGAGCACAAAGAAUUUGUCAGUGGCAAGAAGAACGGAAAGAUCAACAAGAUCAUGGGUCAGAGCAAUGUGCAAAUUAUCUUUGACGGAUUCAACGAGUACAAUUUCUACAUCGACGUCUGCGGUACUCAGUAUGAUGCUACUAAGAACGGUCUGGAUCUGGUAGAACAAGAGAUGCCGGCAUCUAUCUCCUUCCAUGUGCCAGAUCAGUAUCAUAAGCGAAUCAUCGGCAUCGGUGGCCAACAUAUCCAGCGCAUCAUGAAGAAAUAUUCUGUCUUCGUCAAAUUUUCCAACGCAAUGGACCGUGGUGGCAUUGGUAAAGAAGACGACGAUGUCAAGGUUGACAAUGUCAUCUGCCGAACCCCUGCAAGGAAUGCGCAGAGCUUAGAUCUCGUGAAGCAAGAGAUCAUGGACAUGGUUGAGAAAGUUGAUGCCGAGUAUGUUUCUGAAACUGUUCUGAUCAAUCGUCUCUACCACCGUGAGCUCUUGUCUCGUAUUCGUGAAAUCGAAGAGCUUGAGAAGAAAUGGAACUGCAAGAUUGAGUUUCCAAGCACGGAACUUGCUAGCGAUGUCGUGACCAUUUCGGGACCUGAGUAUCAGGUCCCUCAAGCGGUCGACGCUUUCCUGGGAAUGGUGCCUGAAAACCACGAAUUGUCCUUCCAAAGUUCUGCAGAAUUGAGAGACUUCUUCAAGUCCGCGGAUUUCGCCGAUGAUGUUCGUAGUAAACUCAAAGACCAAUACGAGGUUGAUGCCACUGUCGAUAUGGCUGCCGAGCUGCCCCAGCCGGGAAUUGAGAAUGGCAUGUCGUCCCCCACCCCUUCGGAAGACCGGGUUGUUCUCGGAUACACUCGAAACAAUGCCGGAGGGCUCAAGGACGCAAUCGAUUUCUUGAUUUCCCGUCUUGUUGCGCAUGGUCUUGAUGCUACGACAGUCAAAGGUGCUAUUCCACGUCCCAAGUCUGACUCUUUCGAAGAGUCGCUUCCAUUCUUUGACUCGAAGUUGUUGCAGCACGCCCCCGCCCCUCUCGUCACGGAUUCACCCACACGUCCUAGUUUUGGUGACGAUGUCAGUGAACGCGGAUCGAUUUUUGAGAGACUGCGUAAGCCUGGAAGUAUUUCUUCGUUCUCAUCAUUCAUCGGUCGCAAGAACCAUUCUGCCUCGCCAGCAUCGUUCUUCAAGCACGCGUCUAGUAACGCGUCCAAGGCUUCUUUGAUCUCCAUGGAAUCUCGUGACAGCGGUUACCGCAACCCAUGGAACGACUCGGGGGUCAACCUGCCCGAGGAAGAUCUCCAUCAUGUGGGCAGUUCCCACAGUCAUAAUAGUAGCAGCAGCAAUGGCUGGCCAGCUCGCUUUGACAUGAAAUUCCCCUUUGGUACCGCACCUGGUGACAUUACACCCAAGCAUGACUUGCGCGCUUCUUUUGAUUCUGGUCGUCCUAGUACUUCCAAUUCUACUUCUGGAUACCCGGCUCCAAUUGGGCCACCUCGUUGA